AUGAUUGUAAAUGAUUUCGCAAAAGAAGUAAAUCAGACCAGAAGUAGAGAACUUUUAGACGCUCUUCGCACAGUACUUGAACUGCAAGACGAAAUCAAAGAGUUUAUUGGUUCACACCCAGUCACCCUAUCUCAGGAAGCUAUUGAGUAUCUUUUGAAUGAGGACUACUUGGUUUGUGAAAAAACAGAUGGAAUACGAGUGAUGCUAUUUGUAUUUGAGGGUUUUAUCUACUUUUACGAUCGAAAGAACAGAUUCUACCAGACUGAUCUCCUUUUCAAUGCACCUUAUAUAUUUUUAUUUGACGGGGAAAUGUAUCUAGAAAAAGGUAGAAAUGAUAAAUACAUUUUUUCUAUGUUUGAUUGCCUGAUUUAUGACUCAAGAUCUAGAAUUCACUCAGAUCUCAAUAAAAGAUUGUGGUAUUGCUUUCAGUUUGAAAAGAUUGUACAGAAAGGUUUUAUUAAGCGCAAGAAUGACUCAAUCCUUAAGAGCUUCUACAUCGCUGGAAAGCCAAUGUACAAGAGCUAUUCAUUUCCACAGAUAUUGGACAGCAUUUCUAAACUUUUGCAUGAAAACGACGGGCUGAUAUUUACGCCAGUAAAUGAACCAUAUUUGCUUUGUGCAAGAUCAAAGAUCUUCAAAUGGAAACCUCCACACCUCAAUACUAUUGAUUUUUUAAUCAAGAAGACAAUAAAUUCAGGCAUACUUUCGCUCUUUUGUAACGUCUCUGGCCAGCAGAUGGACAUUUUAGAGAAAAUGAAUUUCCGAGAUACGUUUGUCUUCUUUGACUUCUAUUUUACCGAUGAUGAGACCAUUGACUUGGACAAUAAAAUUGGAGAGUUUACCUUUGAUUUCGAAAAGGAAGUAAUCAACAUUGAUGAUCUCACACUCCAAACUGGUGGAUGGUGUUUACACAGGAUCAGGUCUGAUAAAAACACACCAAACAAUAUUAAAAUAGUAUUAGAUACAUUUGAUUCACUGAAGGAAUCAGUUAAGGAAGAAGACUUGAAGAAACAUCAGGAACAGAUGAUGAAAGCAUAUAAAGAAAGAGCAAGUAGCCAAACUAUCGUUUCUGACAAAUAG